AUGGGAUCCUCGGAUGGGUGUGGGAGCGCCAAAUGUUGGACUAACACAGCCAACUGCAAGAAUCUAUCAUCUGGGAAGGUUGAGGAAGCGUGGCCGCCGCGGAAUCAGAAUGGAACAGGGAGUCUUGGUAUCCUAAAUGAUGUGGAUCUGCAGCUUGUCUGGUUCAACAGUGUUCACCGCUUGAAUCAAUCCGAGAGUUUCCAGCUGCAUAACUUAUUUGUUUUGGCAAUAGAUCCAAGGCCCAAAGCUCGACCGAUAAGUUCUUCAAGUUAA